AUGGACGACUUCGAUGACAUUAACUUGGACAUGGACUUUCAGGACUUAUUGGCUCCUGAUGCUCUUCUUGAUAGUUCCUUGUCUCUCUCGUCUUUGACGCCGAGGCCAGAAGAGAUGCUCGUCCCGUCCCAGGGCGUCUUGCCAGAAGGCUCGUUUGAGGAAAUGAUAGCCAGCCGCCUCCAAUACGCCCUUGAUGAGAUCAAGAAGGUCCCCACCUCCACAGUCCUGGAGAACCAGGCCCCCUGGAGUCACCCGUACUUAUACCGAACCCGCAUGCCGAGAGAGAUGCAAGAUGCCCAAGCGUGCUGUGCUCUGUACAUCGCCAAGAACUCAACCAACGCUCACUUUGUCGUGCGAACUAUUCAAGCCAGAGCCCACGAGCUUCUCUCCUCUCCCAUGCCCAAGGAUCGUCUCAGCAUACUGGCCCGCCUUCAAGCCACCCUGCUCUAUCAGAUCAUCCGCCUCUUCGAUGGCGAUAUCUCCAUGCGCGCCUCUGCACAGCAAACUCUGCCUGCUCUUGAUAGCGCCAUGCUAUCUCUUCAGCCGUUCAUAAGAUGGGAUCGCGGGCAGCCGGAAACUGGCCCGGCAGAGGACCAUUCAACCUAUCCCACGAAAGAGACCUGGCACGAAUGGAUCUUUCAAGAAUCUGCCCGACGAUCCAUAUUCUUUGCCUGCUUCUUGCUCGUCACUUAUAACGUGCUCAUUGGUAAGAUACCCGGGUGCCAGGAGAGCCAUUUCAUCUGCCAAUCAUGGACUCUGUCAGCGAGUUUGUGGAAGGCGCCCGACGUGGUCGACUUCGCUGUAGCCUGGAGGGAGAAGCGGCACUUCGUCGUCACAAAGGGGAACUUUGAUGAUAUUCUGAGGGAUGCCGCGGCCGAUGAUGUCGACUUGUUUGGAAGGAUUCUGAUUGUAGGAGCAAUGGGUAUUGAUGAGGCAAGGCUCUGGUUCCAUAACAGAGGCGGUUCGCUGUGA